AUGCCAUCCUUCAACGACGUCUCCUAUCAGACUACCACUACCACGACCACUCAUCCUCGUUCGUUCGAAUCAUCUCGAAAGUCGCACGACAAGACCUCCGUCGGAAACACUUUCCUGUGGACCAACUGGCCCAACGGCAACGACGCGAACGACUCUCACCAGAAUGACCGACAUCUUCUGACCGAUCUAAAGAACGGUAGUGCAUACUCCCUGAAUGGCCCUCGAUCUAGUGUCAGCUCGUACACGCGCGAACCGCCCUUGUCCAAGGACGGCAGCAUGCAUUCGGUAGGCAAUGGAUCCAUGAGGGAUCCCCGCGAGAACGGCCGGCCGCCCGCCAUGUUGGACCGUAAACCUUCGGAAAAUGGACCGGGCGCUAUUUCCACAACGGCACCCCUUUCCAAUCAACAACCCAAUGGCACUGCAAAUGGCCGGCCUGUCCAGGGGAAACUCAUGGUCAAUGGAGACGUUCAUCGGCCUUCUGCCGAUGAGUUAUCGAUAUCACCGUCAGCCUCGCUCUUACAAAUCCCGCAGCAGGAUGAGACCGGUCGUUAUUCUCCAGAACCCGAUCGCUUGAUGCCGAACACGAAGCCCAGCCAACCGCGCCACUCCCCUCCCACCUCAUCCACACUCGAUGCUGCCUCCAUGCCAGAUUCACAGAACUCCAGUAUACGAAACAGACAUUCAUUGCAGGUUCCGAGAACGCCUAGUGUUCGGCGAGAUAGUCGAGAAUACAAUGAGGAUGCUGCGUACACGAGUGGCCGAAUGUCACCGACGACCGGCUUCCGACGCGCGUCAAUCGGUCUUAUCAGAAGGGCAACGAAAAACAGCACCCAUCAAGAUAUUACUUUGGAUGAGGCACCGCCGGAUGAAGAUGCGGCCCGUUGGGCUGAAGCUAUUAAACAAAAGCGAGCCUCGCGACGCCGCCGCGAAGAGGAGGAUGACGAACGGGUGAUUGUGGGCACCAAGGUGGACCAGAACCACGUCAACUAUGUGACAGCAUACAACAUGUUGACUGGUAUCCGCUUCACGGUCUCGAGAAUCAACGCGAAAAUGGACCGGGAACUCACCCCGGCGGACUUUGAUGCCAAACACAAGUUCUCCUUUGACAUAACUGGAAAUGAACUGAUUCCCUCCGCAAAAUACGACUUCAAGUUCAAAGACUACGCACCUUGGGUUUUCCGACACCUUCGCGCCAAGUUCCGUCUCGAUCCCGCCGACUACCUGAUGUCCCUCACAAGCAAGUACAUCUUGUCAGAAUUGGGCUCCCCCGGCAAGAGUGGGAGCUUCUUUUACUUCUCGCGUGAUUACAAGUACAUCAUCAAGACCAUUCACCAUUCCGAGCACAAACUUCUCCGGAAGAUUCUUCCUGAGUACUACCGGCACGUGGAGAACAACCCCAACACUCUCAUCUCACAAUUCUACGGAUUGCACCGAGUCAAGAUGGCUUACGGCCGAAAGAUUCACUUCGUCGUGAUGAAUAACCUGUUCCCACCCCACCGGGAUAUCCACCAGACAUUCGACCUGAAGGGCUCGACCAUUGGCCGUGAUCUGCAGGAGUCAGAUCUCGAGAGAAACCCCAGAGCGACCAUGAAGGACCUGAACUGGGUUCGUCGCAACCGUCACUUGGAAUGUGGCCCGACAAAACGAGAAUUUUUCAUUGAGCAAUUGAAACGUGACGUCGUGUUGCUUCAGAAACUCAAGAUCAUGGACUAUUCUCUUCUGGUAGGAAUCCAUGAUGCGGGCAGGGGCAAUGAAGAGAACCUGCGCGACAAGACUCUUCAGGUUUUCCAGCCAGGAGGCCAUCGCGAAGAAGAUACGACUCCCAACAACUUGAUGCGCACUCCGUCAAAAUUGGAGAAUGAACGCAAGGCCCGGGAGCUGCGCAUGCUUAUCAAACGUGAACGGCCUGUUCCAUUGGACAAAUCAGCUGCGAAGAUGCCAGACGAAAUCCUCGAUGAACGGAAAUAUCAUGUCUUCUAUGCGGAUGAUGGAGGUUUCCGGGCAACUCAUGAAAAUGGCCAACCCGGCGACGAGAUCUAUUACCUCGGUAUCAUCGAUUGCCUGACUCAUUACGGGACCACCAAGAAACUUGAGAACUUUUUCAAAGGACUCUCGCACGACCGGUCACAGAUUUCUCCAAUCCCACCAGAGAGCUAUGGAGAGCGCUUCAUUAAUUUCAUCAAGGGAAUCACCAUGUCGAGGGAAGAAGCCGAACGACGACGCGAGUCUCGCGUCUCCGCGUCCGGCGCACCUCAGCAAUCAACUGAAAACCGACGUUCGAGAGACUCUUCUGUCGAGCGGACAAUGCAGGCAGCGGAGAAGGAGGCAUCGAAAGAUGUCUCCGUCACGCAUCCUCGAACAUUAGCUACUGUUUGGGACCCAGCCGACGCCGGGGGCCCUGGUCCGACUUCGACUCUCCCCAUUGUGGAUGAAGCCGGCGAGGCCAGCAGCGUUGGAGGGCGCAGCUCAAACAGCCGACAUGGCCCUCCAGCGUCAGACAAGGAAUUACCUCCUAUCCCUCACGACGCUCCACCGCCAACUCCCUGCAAAGGCAAGGAAGUUGAUCGGGGCAAUUUCCUGACUGCCAGUCCGGUUCGACGUUAG